AUGGAUCUGUCAGCCAUCAACGUACCAACCGCUUACAACCUUUCAUCUCAUCAACAUUCACCACAGCAAUCUGAUCAUCAGCACCACCACCCACACCAUCAUCCGAUUUAUACGAACAACGAAACCACCAAACCACGCAGUGCCUUUCAUCGUCAUCAACCCACAUCGAUGCCAUCACCACCGGAGCUGAUGCACGAUAGCGAAGAAGAUGAAGAAGAAUCAACUGGAUCCCCCAUCAUGACAGCUAUGCAACUUGAUGUGGCACAACCUAGCAGCACACCCUAUCAUUCGAUUCGUAAAUCAACACCCCAUCGAUCACCACCUGCUGUCAAGGAUGCUAUUCAAGCUAGCGCUGUCGAUAAAAGUGUUGUGUUUCAGCUUGAUGUGCGAUCACAUCCUUUCUUUCCAGCAUCAACAACAUCAUCAGCAGCACGCAUGUCAUCUUCUCCUGCUGCUUCAUCAUCAUCCCAUGACCAAGCACCAAUGUGCCCAGAGUGCAAGUUGACUAAUUGUUGUGGAAUGGCCUGCACUUCUCGUGUGAUUUGUGGUGAAUCAUUGCUUACUGCCUUGAGAAAACGUGUUGCCCAAGCUCGUAGCGAACAACAACCAAGACGUCGUCAACGUUUGGCAAUCCAAAAUCGCCCCUCAUUCAAGCGCUCUACUGCCACUUCUACAAGAAAAUCCACUCACAUUGACAUACCCCGAGUAGCAGCUUCUUCAAGGCAACAUUAUCAUUCUUCGGAAGAAGAUGAUGAUGCUGAUGAUGAUUACACUGAAGUGAGCGCCGAAGAUGAGCAAGAAAAACGCCUUAGGGAAAUUCGAAGACGACCAUGGAUCGAUCAUCCUGAUCAAUCAACACCAUCAUCAUCAUCACAAUCUACAUCACCCACAACAACAACACCACAACAACAACCAUCACCAACACAAAGUAACAAGGAUCAUUCACCACAAGAGCAACAACCCGCAUUGAGAAAAAGAUCACCACCUGCUGGAAGACCUUCUCGUGUCAAGGGACCUUGCCAAGCUUGCCAGGAGUCUUCUGAUGGAUGUAUGCGUAAAGCAUUCAAUUGGCCUUUCCCAACCAGUUCUGUUUACAAUGACAAAGGCAGGAAGUUUGUCUAUCUUUGCAACAAGUGUGGCUUAAGAUACAACAAGAGUGGAGGAUGCGUAUGCCGUAAUUGUCGAUGGGUCUUUUGCAAGGAGGAAAAACGCAAGGCUAUGCAACACAUUGAGCAAAUGAUUCGGUCUCGACCAGAUGGCCAUGUUGAUCCGGAUGAAGAUAUCGAAGGCUUUGUAUGCACACCCAAAUAUUGGACAUGUGGACGCCCAUGGAAGGUUGGUUGGGUCUUGCAAAACAAUGCAGAAGAAGAUGAAGAUUUGCAAGAUGCCACUGACUAG